AUGUAUUUCUCAACUGCAGGAGCACUUGCCUUGAGCAGCGUCUUCGGCACUUCAUUCGCCUGGGUGAACAAUGUUCCAAUCGAUACUUCGACACUUGACGAACUUUACCACAAAGCCCUCGAAGAAGAUAGAAAAUUAGUCAUAGCUUCAGGUGGUGAUGCCGGAGUCCAAGGUCAAAGCAUGCAAGCAGCUUGGGCUGCGCGAUUCCCAAAAAUUACUCUCGAUCUUACUGUCGACCUCUCCAAAUACCACGACAGUCGAAUUGAUCGAGCGUACUGGGCUAACAAUGAAACCGUUGAUAUCGCCAUGCUCCAAACUCUCAAUGAUUUCCAACGAUGGAAGGAAGAGGGACGCUUACUGUUUUAUAAGCCUCCGACUUUCGCUGAUCUCUAUUCGGGAGAGACGGAUCUUGACGGUGCAUUUUUGCCUGUUAACAUUGGCAGCUUCGGAACUUUCUCCUGGGACAGUACUUAUGUCUCAGCAUCCGACGCUCCAACCAGCUAUGCUGACCUCCUAGACCCAAAAUGGAAGGGCAAGAUUGUGGCCACCUACCCCAAUGAUGACGAUGCAAUUGGAUAUCUUUUCUCCAUCAUCAUCGAAAAGUACGGGUUUGAAUGGCUCGAUGCUCUUGCAGCACAAGACGUUCAAUGGGUCCGCGGAACUGCCACCCCAGGGUUCGUCAUGCGGGACAACCACAACAACGCCACCAAAUCCGCAUCUGGUUCUUCCCCUAAGGGAAGAGUUCUCUCAUUCACCACUUAUCCACCCUCAAACGAAACAUACUUUCAAAUGGCGCAACCAGCAGCCCCAGAGCAGCACAUGGCAUGGGCGCAAACAGCUGCGGCUUUUGCUUCUACCAAGAGACCUGCUACUGCUAAAGUUUUCUUGGCUUGGGUUACCAGUGAUGAAUGGCAAAAGGCUUCAACUUCUGGAUCACCUAGAAAGAGCUUAGAUAUCGGUGGCACAGUUUAUACGAGUAACACAACACAGACUAGUCAAUUCAGACAGUUUAUGCAAGAUCGUAGAAGAGUUGAGUGGUGGAAGUUGCAGUACGAGACUACGUUGGGAACGGCUCAAGGAGUCAGUCCUUUGGCCUUAUACCCAUAG